GGAGAGCUUUAGAGAACCCUGCAGGAAGAAGACGCGGAUAACCGCGAUGAGGACCAGGCAAUUUUCUUUUUCUGUCAUUUAGUGUGUACUAUAUUGUAUCAAAUUACAUCCAGAUAUAAGUUAUACUAUUUUGAACUUCUCUAUGCCAGUAUAACGGCGUGGCUUCAGACCUCCGCCCUUUUUUGUGACAAGAGGUUUUCGAGAUUACCUCAGUGUGUUCGUGCAGUGGUCAAAGUGGGUCGAGAUGUUCAGUCGGGCAGCACGAAAGUCCUCUGGACGUACGCGGAUGAACUAGGAUGACACCGGAUACUUUUUGUUGCAGACACUGAUUACAUUUUCUCUGCAUCACUGUUGGCUUUAACCCCCCAAAAAAUGCAUCAUAACCAGGAGGAGCAGUCGGUAAAUUCAAUCACUGCGCAGCACGGGACAGGGCACCACAGUGACACCAACAGCCUGGGCAGCAGCCCCACUGACCUCCAGCCGGCUGCUUACUCCAAACUGGAGUUCAGGAGGCAUGCAGUGAUAGAUGACUAUAAAAUCACAUCUCAGGUUCUUGGCCUGGGCAUCAAUGGCAAAGUGCUGGAAUGUUAUUGCAAGAAAACGGGAGAGAAAUGUGCUCUGAAGAUCCUGUAUGAUACUCCUAAAGCCAGACGGGAGGUUGAGCUGCAUUGGCGAGUUUCCGGAGGUCCCCACAUCGUCCGAAUACUUAGCCUGUAUGAGAACAUGCACCAGGGCAAGAAAUGUCUCCUCAUCAUAAUGGAGUGUAUGGAGGGAGGGGAGCUGUUCAGUCGCAUUCAGGCCAGAGGGGACCAGGCUUUUACAGAGAGAGAGGCGUCAGAGAUCAUGCAUGACAUCGGCACAGCCAUAGAGUACCUCCACCACAUGGACUUCGCUCAUAGGGAUGUGAAGCCUGAAAACCUGCUCUAUACCACGAAGGAGAGUAAUGCCACACUCACGCUGACUGACUUUGGCUUUGCUAAGGAGACAACACUACUCAACUCCCUCCAAACUCCUUGUUACACUCCAUAUUAUGUUGCCCCAGAAGUGCUAGGGCCAGAGAAAUAUGACAAAUCAUGUGACAUGUGGUCUCUGGGCGUAAUCAUGUACAUUCUUCUGUGUGGGUUUCCUCCGUUCUACUCAAACACAGGUCAGGCCAUCUCUCCAGGCAUGAAGCAGAGGAUCAGGUUGGGCCAAUAUGAGUUCCCCAACCCUGAGUGGGCUGACGUUUCGGAGGAAGCAAAACAGCUCAUCAUUCAGUUACUGAAGACGGACCCCAAUGAGAGGAUGACCAUCGGCCAGUUUGUGAACCAUCCCUGGAUUAGUCAAUCAAUGGUGGUCCCUCCGACCCCCCUCCACACCUCACGUGUUUUGACAGAGGACAAGGAACUGUGGGACGAUGUGAAGGAGGAAAUGACCAGCGCCCUGGCGACGAUGCGUGUCGACUACGACCAGGUUAAGAUCAAGGACCUGGACACGUCCAACAACCCUCUGCUCAAUAAGAGACGGAAGAGGCCCGUGCCUGGAGGAGCUGACAGUGGAGGAGACGAGGUGUAUAAUAGCCACAAAGAAGUUACAUUUUCUGAAGAGCAUGGGGAAAUGAUUAUUGGACAAAAGUAGUACAAAACCAUGAAAGCCAUAGUUAGCAGUUUUCCCACCAACAUAUCACUGAUUGUAUUUUGCUUACCUUCUUUGUAUCACUUCACUCAAUAGUCUAAUCAAUGUCACCACUCUUUACAUUAAAAAUACAUUGUUUUUGUAUGUUUCAACAUGGUAUUGUGUCACUUGUGUAUAGGAAAAUGUAUUUGACACAAAUAAUGAUAAAAACCUCGUUGUUCUUAUUGCUGUUUGGUGAAAAUAAGUUGAGUGUAGAGAUUUAUGAAUCAGAGUGAGAAAUUAUUAUUAUUGCUGUAAACAAAGAAGGACUGGAAGUCUAAAAAUAUAUUUAGAAGGCAAGAUUCCAUCCAACUAUAAAUAGUCUUCUCUGGGAAUAGUUUUGUGAGUAACGUAACAUGUGCAUUCAAGGAACAUUAUAACUUUGAGAGGUCAAGGUCAAGGUAUCAACCUCACCAGACAUUUCACACUUGAAGAGCCUCUGCUAAACCAUUAAUACUCCCUCACUGAAUACUGCAUACUCCCUCCUGUCUGUGUUGUAUUAUUGUAUAUAAUUCGCAAUAUAUUAUACAUAUCAUCAUUUUAAUAUUGGAUGGAGUUAAUUCUAACUACUUUGUUGGGAAGUUUCACUGUAUUAUAUUUUAUAAACUCAAUAUUUCCUACUGAAAUGUAGCAACGUAGAAGUAUAAAGUAGCAUUAAAUGCAAAUACUGUCUUGCCAUUGACUGUACAUAGAGUUGUUCAGUUAGGGAAGGAAAGCCACAGUGCAUACACAGCGUACAACAAGUCAAAAAGAUUUGCAUGAUAAUCAGCUGGAAUUGAAAUAUUUCCAUUCAAACCAGUUAGUCAGGAAUGAAUGUACUGGGUUCAGAACAAAAUGAAAGGACGAGGUGGUGAGAGUGGUGGUGAGUAAAAGGUUGUGUGAUGCUUCCUGGAUGUAAUGUGAUGAGUGAUCUCCAGACUAUCUAUGAGAAAAGUGUCCUCUUCACUCUGCUCGAGCGUCAGUGUAAGGUCAGUUCAUUACUGUCACUUUAAAUUAUUAUCCUUGAAAUACAAUGUACAAAUUAUGUAACUUAGUUUUACUUUUUCUGUAUUUAUAAAAAUUUGAAUCAGUGAUCAGCCAAAUGAAGUCUGUCUGAGACUGUUACAUACCUGCCAUUGCCAUUAAUGAAACCUAAUAAUAAAUUUGCU